GUUUGACCGCUCUUUUGUGCGGUUGGUUUUCAAUAAAUUUAGUUAUUAUCAUAAUCCUGGUGCAUUUUAAACAGUAAAACGGCUCAGAAUGUCCGUGUGCCGACUGUGUGCGGCGGUCGUUGCCGAGUGUACGUCGAUUUUCUCCCGGAGACAGGAGAAAACCGUCGCCGAAAUGGUGCUGCAGGUGGCGUCCGUUGCGAUUCCUGUAGACGACCCGCACUCCACGCUGGUUUGCCCGGACUGUAUCGAGCUGACCUUGGACGCCUUCAACUACGUCGAGCGGGUGCGGGAAACGGAACAUCGGUUCAAGGAAGAGCUUCGUCCGGCUGAAGAAAUGGUGGAGUACGUGGAGAGUGAGAAUGAGGCCGAACAGGUUGAGGUAUUGGACGUUAUGGACGCGGAGGGUGUGGAAUUGACAGAGCACAAAGACACCCAGAUAGAGGCGGAAACAUUCGACGUGUUGCUUGAUCUGGAAGAUGAGACGAUGGAAGUUCUGGAGGGCGAUCCGGAGGAUGUUUCUAGGGAACUGUUUAGUCUUUUUGUGGAGUCAAUCCAUAAGGAAGGUUCGGAGAAAUGGUACAAACUGAGACGAGAUCCGGACUUUACGGAUGUGUUAAGUAACACACUUCUCGAUCUGUUAGAGGAAGAGGAAAGUUUGGAUGAAGAAGAGCCUUCCGAUGAAGAUGGCCAAAUUGCGCGUUGCUGUAAUAGUAACUGCAAGAUGGUCUUCCGCUCACGUAAAGAACUGGUCGGGCAUGGACCUAAAACUCACAAGGCCGAACGCUUCCAAGAUUCCAGUUCAUUCGAGUGUCACGUUUGCUACCAGCGAUUUGAAACACGCCAAGCUUUGCUUACACAUCUGCGCCGACUGAUCCGAGAUUACCGGUGUCAAUUCUGUGGCGUUUACUUCAACUCACCAGCAGAUAAGACCGUCCACGUGAACACUAGCCACGUCGAAAGCAAAACCACAACACGUCGUACUCGCAUCGAGGAACAACCCGUCAAAAUCUGCUGUGGUUGCGAGGCCACCUUCGAAUCGAUGGAGGAACUCUUCCAGCACGGCGUUGAUGUCCACCAGUCGCAGCAGCCUCCAAACGAGAACCUUGAUCGUGAGCAUCAGUGCAACAUUUGCUUCAAAUACUUCAAAAACAAAUCAGGCGUUCGGACGCACCAAGUGCUCGUGUACAAACCGAAAGCCUACUCCUGUGGAACCUGCGGCAAAGCGUUCGAAUGUGCCUCGAAGCUUUCAACGCACGAAACGAUCCACAUAACUGAGCGCAACUAUGCGUGCGAAACGUGCGGUGGAACUUUCAGAACGGCCGCCGACCUUCGCGGACACCAGCGAGUGCACCAGGAGCGUAAUCUCGUCUGCUCAACGUGCGGAGCUCGCUUUCACAAGCCGGCCCAUCUUCGAUCGCACCUUAAAACACACGACGCAAACGCCUACGAGUAUACCUGCAGCUUCUGUUCGAAGCAGUUCAAGGAGAAGUCAAACUGGAAGGUGCACCUGAAAGUUCACACCGGCGAGAAGCAGUACCAGUGCCAGUUCUGUACGAAAGUGUUCCGAUACGCAACGGACCGGAAGCGCCACGAGAUGAGCCACACUGGAAACUAUCCGCACGGGUGUAAAAUUUGCGGGAAGGCUUUCGCACGACCGGUUCAGCUGCAGUCACAUAUCAGGGUGUGUGAAAAGCGUGAAAAAUAA